AUGAAUAAUUAUACACCAACUGAUACCAAAGAUGAGCUAGGCAAAAAGCAGUCAUUUUCACUGGAUUAUGAGCCAAAAUUGAAUGAACAAGUUAGGAAAAUCAAGAAUAAAGCAUACGAUGAUACCAACAUCUUGAAUGAUAUGAGGACAUUUAUCAAUAAAAUAGCAUCGGCCGAAAAAAAAUAUGCUGAGAGACUAACAAAAUUAGCAAAUCAGUAUUUGAAGAAUUGCGAAUCGCAAUCUACAGAUGACCUGGAAAAUCAUGAUGACCUAGAAGAAUAUACCAUAAAAUCGCUAUGGAUAAAAUUUCUGACUUACUUCAACGAAGAAGGUAAGCUACACAAUAAUUGGGCAACAUCCUUAGAUGAAUAUGCAGAUACCAUUAAUGCUGCCAGAACGUCAGAAGAAACUCAAUUGCGAAACGCUAUCGCUACGAUGACAACUUCACAUGGAGAAAUUCGUAACCUACAUAGCAAAAUGAUAAAAGCUCAACGCAUUUACAUUUCUUGCCAGAAAAAGCUAGUUUCUAAAAAGAAAAAGGCUUCUAAAGCGGGAGAGAAAUUGACUGUUUGCAUCGAUGAUAAUGAUCAAUCGACCAAAGUAGAAUUAAUUUCAAUUUGUAACACCAUGUCUAGAGCUAAUCAAACAAGCCGAUUCACAUUUCCUAGCAUGCAAAAGACUGUAUCACUACCCAAAUUUAAGUUUAACAGUGGCACUACUGAAGCCGAAAAACAAUCUGAAGCAGCUCUUAAAGAAUAUCAACGAAAAGUAAACGAGCUCAAUGAAUAUUUCGUGAAAUAUCAAAACAAGCUACCGGAAUUAUUCAAGAGCAUAGAUCAAGGUCUGUACUCAGAUAUGCCAGUAAAUUUUAAUACAGUAGCCAAUGAACAGAUCAAGACUUUACAAGAUUCAGAAAAUAGAAUGAAGAAACUAGUCGAAUUUUCAGAAAUGGUCACACAAGAACGAAAUUUAGACUUGUUCUUGUGCGAGACUGGUACACUUUACACAGAGCCUAUUACAUCAAGUGCUAUAGAAUACCAACCAGAAAAAAAUAAGUUUGGAAAUGUAACAUUUGAAGAAUUCGAGAAAGAGAACGGCGAUCUUGACGCCAAAGGCUAUCCUACAGUUCGCGAUUGUAGUCGCGAUUCGGGAGAAGACAGCUUUAGUGAUGAAGAUCGACGUGACAGCAUGGACACAUCUGUAAGUGAAACAUUCUCGACACCAUCGGUCAUGCAAGCUAAGGUGUUAUAUGAUCAUGAGGCUCAAGGUAAAGGUGAAUUAACGGUCAAGACUGGAGAGUAUGUUGAUGUAUUUAUGGAAGGAAAUGAGAAUGGCUGGUGUAAGGUUGAAUCCAAACAAGGUCAAAUCGGAUUUGUACCAGAGCAGUAUCUAUCAUGGGAUCUUGAGACGGCGAAAUCCGAUGCCAAGGAUACACGCGAUUUGAUGCCAACUGCUUGGUCAUCGUCGUUACUAACUGCUGUUAAUACGGAAACAGACUACCGUCGUUCUUCCUUAGGGGCCUAUGAUAGUUUAAGACCCAAGAAACAAGGAACAUAUAGAAAUAGAGCACAAUCAGCCAAUACAAGCUUGACUUUACAGCUUCCUCGCAAACAUUGA